CCCAAAAAAAAGCCUUGUUUUAUUUUAUUUCCUGAACUAUCUUCGUAAUAAUUGGUCUUUGAAAUGCAUAAAAAUAGCUUCUGAAAAAGAUGCAAGCGAUAGUACACACACAGCAGAGUCUUCCCUAUCAUCAUCAAAAUGGACAGCAGCGGUACUGUUUUUAUUUGCAUCAAUGUUAUAAGUCGACUGUAAAGCCACCAUCAGCCCAGUGAUUCCCGUGACUCAAAAAGUUGUAAAUCAUGGCUCUCUAUUUAUCACUCUGUCCCAUAACUCAUAACCCUUCUCUCUCUCUUCUUUCUAACAGUGAAAUGAAAUCUCAAGUUUCUAUAUAACAUUAACCACCAUCUUCCUAGCCAAAAGGGGUUGCAGAUAACGCCAACAUAGAGCUGUGGGAGAUACAUUUUUGUAGGCAAACCAAGUGAAAGAGGGGUUGAAGACCAAAAUCAAAGCUUUGUACUGAGUAUCAAUGGAGGGGUUUGAGAGGUACGGUAAGAAGAGGGUGAUGGUGGUGGUGGAUCAGGCGGUGGAGUCCAAGCAUGCUGUGAUGUGGGCACUAACACAUGUGGCCAAUAAGGGUGAUUUGUUCACUCUUCUUCACGUUGUUUCUCACUCAAACAAGUUCUCUGAGACGCCUUCUCAUUCUUCUCCUUAUCUUGUUAACUCUCUUGGCUACCUCUGCAAAGCUUCUAGACCUGAGGUGGAAGUUGAAGCACUGGUGAUUCAAGGCCCAAAACUAGAGACAGUUUUGAGCCAAGUGAAGAAGCUUGAGGCAUCUGUUUUGGUGGUGCCCCAGAGGAAAAAGCCUUCUCUAUUUGGCUGCUUCCGUGGGUCCAGCAGCUCAGACCAGUUUGUGGAGCAGUGCAUCAGCCAUGCAGAUUGCUGUACAAUUGGGGUUAGAAAACAGACCAAUGGCAUGGGCGGUUACCUUAUCAACACCAGGUGGCAGAAGAACUUCUGGCUUCUUGCCUAGUAGUUCUCCUGUUCUAGUUUUUACAGACCAAAAACCCACUGAUGCAAAAUUUCAUGUUUAACCUAUCAUCAUCCAUCAUGUUAGCUCUAAAAUCUUAACUUUGUAACUAAAAGCUAGAUAAGCUAGAUGCCUUUUAUAUUGUAGAACUCUUCAUCAAAGUUGAAUGAAUGCCUUCCAUAGGCAUUUCGAUAA